AUGUCAAUGCACAGUAGAAGUGUUUCAGAGCCUGACAUUGGGAGAACUCCAAGACAGGAUCACGUUGACUCGUCAAAGGAAGCAAGCUCAAGUAACACAGGAAGCAAUGCAUCAGGAGCUGGAGGGACAUCACGCUUUCGUCGCUUUAGCUUUGGCUCCCAGCUUCUCCAGAAAACUGUUGGAUUAGUCCUCAAACCUCGUCAAGGCCGCCAGGCAAAAUUGGGUGAAACGAAUAAAUUUUAUUAUGAUGAAAAACUUAAAAGAUGGGUAGAGGAAGGGGCUGAACUUCCUGCUGAGGAACCGGCCUUUGCACCUCCACCAACCACUGCAGUUUUCCAGAAUGGAGCACCAGAUUAUAACUUGAAGAAUGUAUUAAAAAGUGAAAGUUCUAUAUGCAACAAUGGAUUUCCGGAAAUGAAGAGUCCAACUUCUGCUGAUAAUGGUUCGGGAAUCCCACCUCUUCCGCCUACCUCCAACCAAUUCUCGGCUCGUAGUCGUGUGGGUGUCCGGUCAAGGUAUGUUGACACAUUCAACAAAGGUGGUGGUAAUCCAACAAAUCUUUUCCAAUCACCUUCUGUUCCUUCCAUAAUGCCUGCUACUGCUGGCAAUGCCAAGUUUUUUGUUCCCACCCCAAUGUCUCCUGUUGAAGAGACGGGGAACAGUACUUCCAAUGAGCAAGAAACUUCAAGUAAUAGCGAGAAUGAUUCAGUCACUACUGUUAAUCAAGUGCGCCUAUGCAAAGAUUUGCAAGCAUGGACAACCUCUCAAAUAAAGGAGCUGGCACUGGCUCUCUAUCAGCUUACUCCCGGCGAACUGCAUCAUGGAGUGGAAGCUUUCCUGAUGCUUCCUCCCCUAAUAAAUCUGAAGUAA